AUGAAGUCGUUAUUCAGCAAUUUAGCGAAACGUGCCAAUCCGCAAUCCAACACACCCUCCGACGAUCAGUCUCAAUCUCACACUUCAUCGACGGGCGCACCAGUCUUAUCACCCAUCUCAACUGGAAAUUCGAUCUUACCUAUCUCUUCCACCCCUUCUGUACCUAUACCUACGUCCGCAUCCGAGAGAUGGGCUAGACCCAAUCUACCCAGCUAUGCUGUAUCUAGAGCAGAAGACGCCAACGCAGAUUUACCAGAAUAUCAAGAUGCUGUUGCGGUCGGUCCUUCAUCGAAUAAUGAUGAGGGUUUUCUCGAUCGUGCAGCUGCAGAAUACUUUGGUACUUCAUCUACUAGGCAUACCGACGAGCCCCCUCGACUUACUUCAGCCUCACCAACAGAAGAAUUCGCUUUAGACAUCUCAGAGGAAAGUGUACCAUCGUUGGAGGUCGAAGAAGAUGACGAUGAUCCUCUUAUUCCUCGUCGUAGGAUAUUAGAUUCCCACGAACACGGUCAAUCAUAUAGGAGAAAUACAUUUAGUGUAUUUGAGGCCUCACAUCAACGACCGACCAUCGCGUCCAACCUCAGCAGCUCAUUAGAUAAUCGUAAUGGAUUUGUCGAUUUGCCCAUUCCCACAUCUGAACCUCCAAUCUAUUCACCUUCCCUAGGUCGCGAUGAACUCCGAUUGAUUUCUACUGUACACUUAUCAGCUGAUCAUCCAGCUUCGGCAUAUUUCAAUGCUAUCGCUCAAUCCCCUCCUCCUCCUGCUGGCCCAUCGUCCUCCAACAUUGUAGCUGGUGGAGACUCGGAUAUAAGUACGGGUGGGAAGAAGCUGAAGUUGAUCUUAACGAGAGGAGGAAGAAGAAUGAAUGCCAAUGGGACUGGACCGCUGUAUAUCAAGUUGGGUAGAGAAGAUUGGGUGGAAGGGAGGAUCGAGGUUGGGAAAGUGGAUAGAGCAGUCGGUUUGGAAGUUGCCAUCAUAGGCAUGAUAAAUGUCUCAUACUACGUCAGAGGUCAAUAUACCGUAUUGGACACUUUACCAAUGGCGAGAAACAAAAUACAAUUAUUCCCAAACCCUUCAUCUUCAGACGAUACCUCUACCAAUCGACAAGACCAACCUCCUACGACCUCUUCGAAUGAUAACCAGUCGAGUAUAGAUACUCCAGGAUUAGAUGAUCCACCGGAACCCUCGACAUCUUCUUCAACGACCAAUCUCCUUACCCCAUCUGCUGAACCAUUAUUUAACAAAGAUGGUCUACCGAUGAUACCGCCCAAUACCUCAUUUCGGUUCUCCCUCCAAAUGCCUACAUGUCAUUACAAGGACACCAACUCGGAAUUACCAUCGUCCUGCGAUCUGCAGCAAGUGGGUAUGCAAGCUAACGUCGAAUAUGUCUUGAGGGUCAAAUUGAUCAGGAAAGGGUUACGGUUCAACGAAACUAUAACCGUACCUAUCAUAUAUGAGCCCCGAGCGUAUAUAACCCCUCGUCGAAUUCGAGCGCUCACCUCUGAUGAUCCUCUAAAUCCCGGAUGGCGUACAAUCGAAUUGCACGGCGGUAAACCUAAGAUCAAAACUAAUUUACCUGUUCCAGCAGGAAGUGAGGGGCCAGGUAUAGAAGUCAGCUUAUUGUUACCUUCACCACCUAUUUUAUUCUUACCUUCCUCCGGUGAACUUCCUUCAUUCCCCUUUCAUCUUCAUUUCCACUCCACUUUGCCUCAUGUACUAUCGACCUUCUCCAAUCCCCGGGAAAGUAAGUUUGUCAUUAGGUUAACGAGGGUGACGAUCUUUAGGAUUGGGAUUGAAAGGGAGAUUAGAAGGAUUGAGAUACCCACCAGGGCUGAAGUCUGGCAAGAAGGAGGAGAAAGAAUUAUGUUGGGUUUAGAAGGAAUGAUGAAUGAUGAAAAUAACAGAAGAAGAGGAUCGACCGCAUCGACCGUAGAUCGCAGAGAUUCGACCGGUAAUGAUACCGCUCACGGGCUAAGCUCAAGUGUGCCGACUUCAAGUAACAUGGCUGAAGGAGGACCUUUAAGAAGGUUCAGCUCUGCUGGAUCAACAAAUACGACUGAUAAUGCGAAUAUCAAUACGAGAAGGAAGUCUCUUUUGGGAGAUAGAAGGGGAUCACUCAGUGGAUUGAUGAAAAGAAGAGGAUCAAGUUCGAGUCAAACUCCCACCGGAACGUUAUCAUCAUCGCCAAUUACGUCAAAUCUUCCACCUACAAUAGAUGAGGACCAUCCUCAUCAUACUCAUACUCCAUCAGAAAACGCUAAUGUCAAUGAUGAGAUGGUACCUGUCGAUAUGACGUCUACGGAAGUACAUCUCAAAGGAUUAAUAUCACUUAAACCAUUCUCCAUCUCAUCUUCCUCAUCCCCCGCGGAUGAUAGGAGAGGAACAGAGUUGUUGAGGAAAUUGAUGGUUCAAUCGUUUAUCGUACCGGAGAUGACAUUGACGUACGUGUUGGAAAUUGGGAUUGAACCUAGAAGAGGAUCGGUGAAAGAGAAUUUCGGACAUGUUUGGGGUGGUGGUGUCAUUGAGGUUGUUUGGGGUAGGUAA